AAUCAUCAACUUGCCAUUUGCCCAAGUGAGCUUGUCAGUUGUGACUUGAAGCUCCAAGGAUUUGUUGGUGGGGAAGACUUAAUAGUUUAUUUAAGUUGUUUUCCAUGUGCAAAACUCAAAGACCAGCUAAUCCCAGUCAAAUAAACUCACCUGACUCAUAGUUUAUUUAACUAGCUCUUCAAUUGCAAUGCGCAUCAACUGUUUCACUCUCUACUUCGUCAGUUUCCCGGUAGCCAAACAGAUUUUUUUCUUCUUCUUUUUGAAAUGGCAUCCCCAGCCAAAGAAAUAGCCAGAGAGCUCUUUCCCUUAGUUCGCGUCUACACGGACGGCUCAGUCGAACGCCCGCAAUCCUCGCCCUACGUGCCACCAUCACCAAACCCAGAUCCACAAACUGGUGUUUCAUCAAAGGACAUAACCAUCUCCCAAAACCCCAAAAUCUCUGUUCGUCUCUACCUCCCCAAAAUUGAACAGCAUGACCAAAAACUCCCCAUCUUGGUCUAUUUCCAUGGCAGUGCAUUUUGCGUUGAAUCUGCCUUCUCAUUUCUUCACGACCGUUACUUGAAUCUUCUGGUCUCUCAGGCCAAAGUGGUUGCGGUCUCUGUCGAAUACAGGCUGGCUCCCGAGCACCCUCUGCCUGCAGCAUAUGAGGACUGCUGGGCCGCUCUCAAUUGGGCCGCAUCUCACUCAACAACCCAAAACGAGCCCGAUAAGGAUCCAUGGUUGCGGAAUCAUGGAGACUUUGACAGGCUUUACAUAGGAGGCGAGAGUGCCGGAGGUAAUAUAGUUCAUAACAUCGCAAUCAGAGCAGGAUCUGAUAAUCUGGAACGAAAUGUCAAAAUCUUGGGUGCUUUUGUUUCUCAUUCUUACUUUUGGGGCUCAAAACCUAUUGGAUCUGAAAAUGAUCCUAGUAAGCCAAAGUUUUAUGUGACUUCGAAAUCAAAAUCAUUUGCUUCAGAUCCUGUUUUGGGUCAUGAGAAGUCCUUCCCAUCUUUGGUUUGGAGCUUUGUGUACCCAUCUGCGCCUGGAGGCCUUGAUAAUCCGAUGCUCAAUCCGGAGGGUCCUGGGGCGCCGAGCUUGGCAGGGCUCAUGUGUUCAAGGUUGUUGAUCGUUGUGGCCGGGGAAGAUGAACUGAGAGACAGAGGUGUUCGUUACCAUGAAUUGGUGAAAGAGAGUGGUUGGAGAGGUGAAUUGGAGUUCCAUGAAGACGAGGGAGAAAUUCAUGGCUUUUACAUUCUAAAUCCUGAUACUGAGAAAGCUAAGAACUUGAUCAAACGCUUCGCUGCUUUUCUCAAGUGAUUAGUGUUUGGAGGACUUUUUAGUCCGGUUACGCCACUGAUACUGGAUUGGGAGUCCACCAUUGAAUAGACCACCAUGUUUGAGAAUGGCACCAGUGGCAGUAAACAUGUCCCGCAUUAGAGAAAAUCUUUGUCUUUGCUAGUAAUAAAUGUUUUUUUUUCCUUUU